AGUUCGUUUGCCAAUCAAUUGUCAGCUGUUAAUUAAUAUAACCUCAACAGUCAACUGAAAUGUAAAAAACAUUAAAUAAAAAGAUUUACUACUUAAUUAUGUAAAGAAAAAACUGACAAACGAUUAGAAUAAAAAGUCUUACAGUGCAUUAACCAUGACUUUAAAUUUGAAAACGCGCUAUAUUAGAUAUCUGUAUCCAACCUGCCGCAGUUAUUGCAAUAACAAAUCAAUUUACGAACGUGAUGAAGCUGGCCCGCAGCCGCGUAAAGUCCACGGUAAUCUAUACCCAGAAUGGCGCCGGCCUUGGAUUCAACGCGACGGGGAAUGGAGCAGCAAACUGUCAGUUUUUGUGGAAAAAAGCCCAAGUAUGCACGUACUUAAUGCCAUGCAAAAAAUCCCCGAUUUAACGGUGCAAGAUGUAAAGGAAUGGUGGGGACAGAUGAAAUUGAUACAGGAGAUCGAAAACCAAAGGUAUUUGCCAGAAAGAGUUGCAGCUUUGGGUGUAAAUUUAGGAGCAGUGCACUUUUUCACAUAUCGUCAGUGUGCAGUCAGAGUCAAGGGACAGACCGAAUGGAUUGAAGGUGACAUAACAUCAUUAAAUCUCCCAGAUUCAUUCAGAGAUGGUUAUUAUGUUGAAUCUAUUGACUGCACUAAAUUUCAUCACAAUGGCAUAAGAUAUGAAGGUCUACAAAACCUGUUAGGCUUAAGUUUCCUUAAAUGGCUAUCCUUGAAGAAUAACAGAAAUGUUGAUGUUUGGUGUUUAGAUAGAAUAGCUGGACAAAAUGGAAAUAGCUUGGAAUUUUUGAAUAUUGAAGGGUGCAACUUGUGCCCCGGUGGAGUACAUGCAAUUGCUAGAAUGGAAGCGCUCAAAAUUUUGGAAGUUAGUGAUCCAGGUGACAAUAUUCAACUACAAGCAGCGCUGUCAAUCCUUGAGCAGGAAAGGCCUCAUCUGUUAAUCAAUGCAAGUACUGCAACUGAAGAUAACGCAGAGUAAUGAAAUUAAGUUUACUGUUAUAGAUUAGUCUUGAAAGAUUUAUAUAAGGACUGUACAUAGUUAACAUAUUAAAUUGAUUCAAAAGUA